AUGCUCCCUGGGUGCGCUGACCCCCAAGCCGCAACGAUCAAGGUCGAUCUCAGUACGGGCAAAAUAAUUGAUAUUCAGUCUCAUCACGCAAACAAAGAGUCUCUUCCAUCGGGAAAUCAGAACAUUCGGUGGGUGGAUGCUGGGGACAAGAUAGUCCUUCCCGGUCUUGUUGAUGCCCAUGUACACCUUAAUGAACCCGGCCGCACCGACUGGGAGGGAUUUUGGACUGGCACCAGAGCUGCUGCUUCAGGUGGUAUAACUACUGUGGUCGACAUGCCUCUCAACUCGAUUCCACCCACAACGACAGUGGAUAAUCUGGAGACGAAAAGGACUGCAGCGGCUGGGCAGUGUUGGACAGAUGUUGCAUUUUGGGGUGGGGUUAUACCUGGGAACGAGUCCCAUUUGAAGCCAUUAAUCUCCGCAGGAAUAAAGGGUUUUAAAUGCUUUCUCAUCGAAAGCGGAGUCGAGGAAUUCCCAUGCGUUUCUGAAGCCGAUUUACAUAUCCACAUGAAAGAGCUGCAGAAUGAAUCUACUGUUCUAUUAUUUCAUGCAGAAGUCGAUAGGUCCACAACAUCCUCCGAGCGUUCUGAUGCAACUGAUGAUCCCACACUAUACGGAACUUACCUCAGCACCAGACCAGAGGAAAUGGAAGUGAAUGCGAUAUCGCUAAUCACGAAACUCCAGGAGGCCUAUCCCUCUCUCCGGUGCCACAUUGUCCACCUUUCCGCAUCCUCUGCACUGCCAAUCAUUCGCGCAGCAAAGAGCCGCGGGCUCAACUUGACGGUAGAGACGUGUUUCCACUAUCUUUGUUUGUCGGCAAACGAAAUACCAAAAGGACAUCCCGAAUUCAAAUGCUGUCCACCCAUCAGAGAUGACAGUAAUAGGAAUUCACUCUGGCAAGCUCUUAGAGAAGGAUUGAUUGACUGUGUUGUGUCUGAUCACAGUCCCUGUGUGACAGAAUUGAAGAAGCUGGAAGAAGGGGAUAUCAUGGGUGCUUGGGGCGGCAUCAGUACACUUGGUCUAGGAUUGAGCUUACUGUGGACAGAAGGAAGAAAAAGGGGCGUCACGCUUGGUGACAUUGUGAACUGGCUAAGCGAGAGGACAUCGCACCUUGCGGGGCUGAGUGGCAAGAAAGGACAGCUCAAGGUUGGCUAUGAUGCCGACUUUGUCAUAUGGGAUCCCGAAGCGGAAUUCAAGGUGACAAAAGAUCUGUUCAAGUUCAAGAACAAGUUAUCGGCCUAUGAAGGCAUGGUCCUAACCGGUGUCGUGCAACAAACCUUGCUCCGUGGCCGCGUGAUCUACGACAAGAGUCGAAAUGGGUUUGAAGGCCUCAGUCCACUCGGCAAUCUGCUCUGA